CCGCGACCCCGCGGUGGGGGCAUCGCGCCUGCGCACAGGGUCCGCAGACCGUGCCGCUGAGGGCAUCCGGGGCCGAGCGCUCCCCUCCCGGGGGUAUAUCUCCAUGAAUAACUUAAAUGACCCCCCAAAUUGGAAUAUCCGGCCUAAUUCCAGGGCUGAUGGGGGUGAUGGAAGCAGAUGGAAUUAUGCCCUGUUGGUUCCAAUGCUGGGAUUGGCUGCUUUUCGUUGGAUAUGGUCCAGGGAGUCCCAGAAAGAGAUAGAAAAAGAGAGAGAAGCGUACCGUCAGAGAACAGUUGCUUUCCAGAAGGAUCUAGAAGCCAAGUACCAUGCUGUGAUCUCAGAAAACCGGCGUGCGGUCGCUCACUUGUCUUUGGAACUUGAAAAGGAACAAAAUAGAACGACCAGUUACCGAGAAGCCCUCAUCUCUCAGGGGCGCAAAUUGGUAGAAGAAAAGAAGCUUCUGGAACAGGAGCGGGCUCAGGUCAUGCAAGAGAGGAGACAGUUGCAGCCCUUGAGAAGCGCAUAUCUGAGCUUUCUGGAAAAGGAAGAUGACUGGCAAAGGAGGGCCAGGCUUGUGCUGAAAGAGUUUGAAGACGCGCUUACGGAGAGACAGAACAUCUACUGCAGCCUGCUCCUGCCCCGGGGCAGGCGGCUGGAAAUUGAGAAGAACUUACUGGUCCGAGCAGCCACUGACCCAGUUGCCACGGACCUGCAGAUGGCAGCUGGCCUGACCGACAUAUUUAAGCACGACACGUACUGUGGCGACGUCUGGAAUACCAACAAACGCCAGAACGGGAGACUCAUGUGGCUGUAUCUCAAAUACUGGGAGCUAACUGUUGAGCUGAGGAAGUGUCAGAGAGUCGAGAAAGCCAUCCUGGAGAAGUAGGGUAGGAGUGAAAUACGUCUUCCGUGACGCAUUGGCGUGUUCUCAGCUGCUUCUGCCACACGCACCCCCAAGUGUUCUUCCACUCUCACCCCCCGUCUGAGCGGGACACGGGGUCUCUUCCUGGCCCUCUUCAGCUACUAAGGAUGCAGUUUCUCAGGAGGAUAUUUUUAAGCUGUAAUAUUUUAUUAGGCUGAACUGUGUAACCUCGUAUCUCUGUUGUAGGGUAAGAUUGUUUUUAAGAAAGUCAAAUACAGUAUUGAUCCUCACUGUACAUUGUUUUCUGUCUGUUUUUAUUACUCCCUAAAUAAAUUCUGUUUUCUCCUCAAAUGUUUUCUCUCCUAGAAUUAUAAAUAGAAGUUGUCAGGUGAUGGAUAGAACUGCCGAAUGAAGACAAAAUAGUAACAUAUCGAGGUUUCCUGCGGCCAUGAGCAUCCCUCGUAUGUCUUUGGGAUUUGGCUUGUGUCUGUAUUUAGUAAGCACAUAUUAUUUAUUAGCAAUGAUAUAUAAUAAAAAAUACUUGCCAUUUAAAAGCAACAA